GCGCGGCGCCCAGUCCGGCGCAGCUCCUGGCCGCGGACGCAGGACUCGGGCUCGCUCCGCGGGCGCGCUUGUUUUCCUGCUGCCGCCUCGCCCUGCGCAGCCCCGGCCCUCCGGUCCUCCUCGCUCCGCUCAGCCCCGCCCGCCGUCCGUGCCCUGCGCUGGAUUUAUGAAUGGGGGGACAAGGCCACAUGCCGCCGCCGCCUCCUCGUGCUGACCGCACGCAGCCCGGGCCCGCGGAGCUGCGGCUGCUGUGAGAGCGUCGGCCGGGCCCCGGCAGCCUCUGGGAGGACUUGUUGCUGCCCCUCCGCCGCCGCCGCCGCCGCCGCCGCCGCGGAGAACCCGCCGCUCCCUGGCUCGGCGCAGUCUGGGAGCCCGAGGGCGGCCCGUGUGAGUGCAAGCGCGCGCGCCGCCAACCCCCGGCCCGCUCCGGGACCGUGCACCUCUCCAUCUUCUGGGGGGGGCUAGGGGGCGUGUCCCCGGCCCCGAGUGCCCUUAAUCCCAAGCCGGCGCCGUGCCUUUGCGUGCCUCUACCUCCCCGGGGCCCUCGCUUGAGUCCUCUGCUCUCGUCUCCUCCUCCGGCUGCCUCCCUCCCCGGCGCUGCCUCCCCAAAUCCCAACCACCUGUGCACCCGGGAAAGCCAACUCCUCCCGCUCGGCGCCCCGGGGGGGAGGCAGGGGCAGGGCCGCGCCGCAGAGGGGGCCGCCGCCGCCUCCGGCCGCCUCCUCCGCCUCUCCUCCCCCUCCCCCGCCUGACGCUGCCUCCUCGGGAAGGGUGUUUGGAGGGCAGCGGCCGCCCCAAGCCGGAGCCCCGCAGCGCUUCUUAUGAUCAGCUCGGUGUGUGUCUCCUCCUACCGCGGGCGCAAGUCGGGGAAUAAGCCUCCGUCCAAAACAUGUCUGAAGGAGGAGAUGGCCAAGGGCGAGGCGUCGGAGAAGAUCAUCAUCAACGUGGGCGGCACGCGACAUGAGACCUACCGCAGCACCCUGCGCACCCUCCCGGGCACCCGGCUGGCCUGGCUGGCCGAUCCCGACGGCGGGGGCCGGCCCGACUCCGAUGGCGGCGGUGCGGGCAGCAGCGGCAGCAGCGGCGGCGGCGGCGGCGGCGGAGGAGGAGGCUGCGAGUUCUUUUUCGAUCGGCACCCGGGCGUCUUCGCCUACGUGCUCAACUACUACCGCACCGGCAAGCUGCACUGCCCGGCCGACGUGUGCGGGCCGCUCUUCGAGGAGGAGCUCACCUUCUGGGGCAUCGACGAGACCGACGUGGAGCCCUGCUGCUGGAUGACCUACCGGCAGCACCGCGACGCCGAGGAGGCGCUCGACAUCUUCGAGAGCCCAGACGGAGGUGGCGGUGGCGCGGGACCCAAUGACGAGGCCGGCGACGAGGAGCGGGAGCUCGCCCUGCAGCGCUUGGGCGCCCACGAGGGAGGCACCGGGCCUGGCUCCGGGUCCGGGGGCUGCCGUGGCUGGCAGCCCCGCAUGUGGGCGCUCUUUGAGGAUCCCUACUCCUCCAGGGCGGCCAGGGUAGUGGCCUUUGCCUCUCUAUUCUUCAUCCUGGUCUCCAUCACCACCUUCUGCCUGGAGACCCAUGAGGCCUUCAACAUUGACCGCAACGUAACUGAAAUCCACCGGGUGGGGAACAUCACCAGCGUGCGCUUCCGCCGGGAGGUGGAGACGGAGCCCAUUCUCACCUACAUCGAGGGCGUGUGCGUGCUGUGGUUCACGCUGGAGUUUCUGGUGCGCAUCGUGUGCUGCCCUGACACGCUGGACUUUGUCAAGAACCUGCUCAACAUCAUCGACUUUGUGGCCAUCCUGCCCUUCUACCUGGAGGUGGGACUCAGCGGCCUGUCCUCCAAGGCAGCCCGCGACGUGCUGGGCUUCCUGCGCGUCGUGCGCUUCGUGCGCAUCCUGCGGAUCUUCAAGCUCACGCGUCACUUCGUAGGGCUGCGUGUGCUGGGCCACACGCUCCGCGCCAGCACCAACGAGUUCCUUCUGCUCAUCAUCUUCCUGGCUUUGGGCGUGCUCAUCUUUGCCACCAUGAUCUACUAUGCAGAGCGCAUAGGGGCCAGGCCUUCCGACCCACGGGGCAACGACCACACCGAUUUCAAGAACAUCCCCAUUGGCUUCUGGUGGGCUGUGGUCACCAUGACGACGCUGGGCUACGGGGACAUGUACCCCAAGACGUGGUCCGGCAUGCUGGUGGGGGCACUGUGUGCACUGGCAGGGGUGCUGACCAUAGCCAUGCCCGUGCCUGUCAUUGUCAACAAUUUUGGCAUGUACUACUCCCUGGCCAUGGCCAAGCAGAAGCUGCCCAAGAAGCGGAAGAAGCAUGUGCCCCGGCCAGCCCAGCUGGAGUCGCCCAUCUACUGCAAAUCAGAGGAGACCUCACCCCGGGACAGCACCUACAGUGACACCAGCCCCCCUGCCCGGGAAGAGGGUGUGCUGGAGAGGAAACGAGCAGACUCUAAGCAGAAUGGUGAUGCUAAUGCGGUGCUGUCUGAUGAGGAGGGAGCUGGCCUCACCCAGCCCCUGGCCUCUGCCCCUACCCCUGAAGAGCGCAGGGCCCUGCGACGCUCUGGCACACGGGACAGAAACAAGAAGGCAGCUGCCUGCUUCCUGCUCAGUGCUGGGGACUAUGCCUGUGCCGAUGGCAGUGUCCGAAAAGAGUUGGUUAUGGUCCCUCUCCUUACUACACUGGAACUCUGAAGACCUGAGAAGCUGGUUGUUCCUGGAGUGAGUGGCUCCUUGCACCCCUUUAGCCUGGAACUAGGUUGGCAGAGGGGUGGUGAUGAAGGGCCUGCCCCACUCUCUGGCCCAUCUCUGCUCCUCCUUACCUUAGCCUUGGGAUCCCUAUGCCUCCAACUCUACUCUUGGCCUGUUCCUUAGCCCUCAGCCUGGGGAUUCACAGCUGGCUUCCUUCUAACAUCUUUUUCUUUGUUUCUCCCUUUCUUUUGCUUUUGAACUCUUGUCGUCCCCUCCCCCAAGGCAAUGUUGAACCGAAAGCGUGCGUCCCAGUGUCUCACACCUGUGCUCUUUAAACACAGAGACCUGCCAAGACGCCCUCUCGUCCAACUAUGCCCAGGCUGAAGUCCUCACCCUCUCUUAAAGCGGCACCAGCGUGAGAGACAGACAGACAGACAGAAAGCCAGAGACAUAGGGAAACUCUGGAACCCAGACACGAAUCUUUUUGCUGAGAGACUCCUAUAUCCUUGUUUGUAUACCAGACGGGUGGAAAAGCUCCCAUGUGACCCUUAGGACCCAGACCAUCUGGGUCCUGCUGUUCUGUUCUACUGUACAUUGAAGAGAUAUAUAUGCACAUAUAGUAUCUAUAUUCAUACAUACUAUACUCCUGUGUGUAGUGCACGUGCUACUGGUGGUCUGUCUUCUUUGUUAGGCUUCGUCUCCCUAAACCCGCUCCCUCCCCUGUUUCCCAUCCUCUUCCCCUUCCCAGAUUCCUUGUUUCUUCUGACUGUGUGUGUGUGUGUGGAAUGUCCCAGGAAAAGUGAUACCCCCCCCAAACUGCCCAUCCAGCGGGGUGGUCCCAGGCUACUCUCUCUGGGGGUGUUUCCCCUGCCAGCAGAUGGCCUAUUGGAAUCUGUUGAAGGUGAGACUUCCUCCCAUCCGUCCCCACCCCUGGUCACUGCUUCACUAGCCCAACCCUACUCCAGAUUGGGACUCUACCUCCCACCCCACACUCCAGUUGUGGGGGGACAUCCGGGGCUCCUGUGUAGCCCAACCACUCCUUUCAACAACCUGAUCUGUGCCCUUGGCAGAGGGGGGCAUGUCGUUAUUUUCAACUUUGACCUUUUUUGUCUCCCUGGUCGUAUGUUUCUGAAGAUGCUUCUGGGCAGACGGGCAGGGAAGGGGUCUGUUUGCCCAUCUAGCUCAGGGGUCUGAGAAGGGGACGCCUUGGGUGAGAGGAGACCAGUUGCAAUACUGUACUUCCUGGCCAGUGGCCAGAGGAUGAGUGCAAUAGCAGAGGCCAGGUGACCCCUUCCACCUUGGCCUCUGCCCCUCCCUCGGCCUCCCUCCCCACUCUCUUCCUUCCCUGCGCCUCCCUGGUGUUGGUCAGUCCUUUUCUAAAGCUGUACCUUCAUGUGUGUCUGAGGCAUGCCUAGGCUGGGCUCUGCUGCCCUGUCUGCAUGCCUUCAACUGUCAUGCUGUGCUCGAGCCCCAAUAAAGACAUUCAAGUGUC